CCGCCCGCAGCUCCCGGCGUGCCCCGCACUCUCGGCUGCCCGCCGCCGCCGGCCCCUCCUUCUUCUCGUCCCAGUGCCACCGAGCCGGAGCCCCGAGCCGCCGCCGCCGCCGCCGCAGCCUCAGCCGCGGGCACGAUGGCAUCUGGAGUUACAGUGAAUGAUGAGGUCAUCAAAGUUUUUAAUGAUAUGAAAGUAAGAAAAUCUUCUACCCAAGAGGAAAUCAAAAAGAGAAAGAAAGCGGUUCUCUUCUGUCUAAGCGAUGACAAGAGACAAAUAAUUGUAGAGGAAGCCAAGCAGAUCUUGGUGGGUGACAUUGGUGAGACAGUAGAGGACCCCUACACGUCUUUUGUGAAGUUGCUACCUCUGAAUGAUUGCCGAUAUGCUUUGUACGAUGCCACGUACGAAACAAAAGAGUCUAAGAAAGAAGACCUAGUAUUUAUAUUCUGGGCUCCGGAAAGUGCACCGUUAAAAAGCAAGAUGAUUUAUGCUAGCUCUAAAGAUGCCAUUAAAAAGAAAUUUACAGGUAUUAAACAUGAGUGGCAGGUGAAUGGCUUGGAUGAUAUUAAGGACCGCUCGACGCUGGGAGAGAAACUGGGAGGCAGUGUGGUAGUUUCCCUGGAAGGAAAGCCGCUAUAAAAUAAUAGCCAAGUGCCAUCGCAUCUUAAGGGGCUUCCAUUUCUCCAGCUCAGUCCACUGGAACCGUAGUGGGUUUUGUUUUUUGUUUUGUUUUUUGUUUCUUCCCUUUCCACUGGGCCCUUUGAACACAAUGAAGGGAUGGAUUUAGAAGCCUGUCAGUGAUUGCCAUAAGACUGUUUAAUACGGUUACUCUUCUGUAGACCCCAGGGAAUGCCUUCCCCGUCUUAUUUUAGCCAAAACAACUGGUUCCAUGCCUUCCUCACAGUGACAAUGGAGUGAUUGUCAAUGUGACUAGCUUAGGUAGACUGCUACAGAGGGUAAGCUAAGUGAAUGCCUUGAAAGUAUUAUCCACUGGUCAUAUGGUCAGCUUCUUUCAGUAUUAUUUAUCGUUGCACUUGAUUCAGUUCUCUGAGGCGCUGGAGCGUUUGCACACCUCACCUGCCUUGGCCAGCCUGUUCGGUGACAUGGCAGCACAGAUCUAACAGACUCCUUAGAAGCACUUUUUUUUUUUAAUGCGUUGAAUUCCUUAAAAAGAAUGCCAAUUAAGUUUCAUUACGUGUCAUUGAUUUAUCCCAGUACCUCAGUGUUCAUUCCUCUACCUGCAUACUUUCUUGAGAGAAAUAGCUGUGUGGAUGUCUUUGCUUUCCCACUGAGUAUACACUACUGAGUACAUGUAGGAGUUUUAUGUUUACCGUAUGAGUCUUGAAACACUAGAGACAUUUUGAAUAUCAGUCAUGAUGGCAAUUUCUGUAUACAAGAGCCUUAAAUGGAACAUUGUUUUGAGAUCAAAUUCCCCACCCUCACAAAAGUGGCCACGUUGCAAUAAAAAUUGUGGCAUAUUACAGAACGUUGCCUUGUUUUCCUUGGAAAUUUUGCAAAUUGUCAUGUGAAAUUUUGGGAUAAACACUGAUUAAGCUCUGCACUGGUAUUUGAGAUUUUCUUUUCUUUAAUAUUAACACUCAUGUGUCUCUUUUUCCAGAUUGUUGAAUUUCUUUGGUUUAAAAAUAUCUUAAGAUCACUUAUAUACAAUCAUUAAAAGAGUGGUACUUAUA